CACUGCAUGAAGCAGCUUGCUGAAGGGAGAAAGGAGGACAAGGGCUGCCUCCUGUUCAUAAUUAUACAAGCUUAGGCAGUGGCCAGAACUGAAUGAGGUAAAGCAAGAGAACAAAACAACAACAACAAUAAAUAAAUUCCAGCUGUGCUGUUAUUCCCAAAAGAUCUGCGGUGAGCUGCCUUCGAUGGACCUCUCUAUAGGUACUGCGCUCUUCUUGAUCUUCUCCAGCUACCUCUCGGAUGCAAAAACCCGAAAGUAUACCACGGUACUCUCAGUGCCAAAUGGAGGGCCAUGGGGUGUCUGGGGACCCAUAGAAUUCUGUCGCGAAGGACAUGCAAAUGGAUUCAAAUUGAUGGUAAGACCAUUACAGUUAAAAGAUGAUACAUCUCUGAAUGGCAUCCGCCUCAUUUGCACGGAUGGCUCAGAAAUUCAAUCUGCUCUUGGACGGUAUGGACGAUGGACAAAGAAGGAGACUUGUCCUAAAGGCCGUCUAAUCUCAUUUUCUCUGAGAGUACUAGAACCACAAGGAGAAUGGGUGGAUGAUACAUCUGCUAACAAUAUCAAGUUCCGCUGUGAAGAUGGGCUUGUCCUGCCAGGCCAUUCAAUUGACUGGGGUACGUAUGGUCCAUGGAGUGCAAUCUGUCCUAAAGGCGCCAUAUGUGGAAUUCAGACAAGAAUUGACAGUGAGUUGGGAACAGGUGACAUCACAGGACUUAACGAUGUGCUGUUCUACUGCUGCGACUGA